UGCAGCCCGGGCAGUCGCCACCGCCGCCGCGAACAUGGAGCCCCGGGACGGCCGGGCCCGGGCGCGCAGGGCCCCGUGGCUGCUGGUGCUCGCGCUCCUGCUGGGGGCGCACCCAGGUGCCCAGGCUGAGGAGCCCUUGUCUGGGUCCUCCCUGGUGGAGGUGAUGAAGGGGGAGCCCGUCGCCCUGAACUGCACCGCCUUGGGGGCCCACGACCAUUUUGCGCUGGAGUGGUUCCUGGCAGACCGCUCUGGGGUCCGCCACCACCUGGCCUCCGCUGAGCUGCAGGGCUCCGAGGUCCAGGGCCGGGUACACGACUCCCGGGGCCGCAGGCCCCCAUACCAGCUGGACUCCCAGGGCCGCCUGGUGCUGACCGAGGCCCAGGUGGGUGACGAGCAGAACUACGUGUGCGUGGUGAAGGCGGGCGCGGUGAGCACCGAGGCCACCACGCAGCUCCGCAUGUUCGCGAAACCGGAGGCCACAGAGGUCCUCCCCAACAAAGGGAUCCUGUCCGUGGUGGAUGACUUUGCCCAGGAGAUCGCCACCUGCAACAGCCGCAACGGAAACCCCGUCCCCGAGAUCACGUGGUAUCGCAACGGGGAGCCGCUCCGGAUGCCCAUGGAGGUGAACGCAGAGGGCUACAUGACCAGCCGCACCGUCCGGGAGGCCUCGGGCCUGCAGUCCCUCAUCAGCACCCUCUACCUGCGGCCCCGUAAGGCCGAUCAGGACGCCAGCUUCCACUGCUCCGUGAACUACCAGCUGCCCACGGGCCGGCGCGGCCGCCUGGACAGCCCCGCCUUCCACCUCAGCCUGCACUAUCCCACGGAGAAUGUGGAUUUCUGGGUGGGCAGCCCGUCCACCACCGAGGGCUGGGUACGCGAGGGUGACUCUGUCCAGCUGUUUUGCCGGGGGGAUGGCAACCCCAGCGUGGAAUACAUAUUUUUCCGCCUUCAGGACAAGCAGGAGGACGUGCUGAAAACAAAUCUUGAGGGGAACUUGACCCUGGAGGGGGUUCAGCGGGGCCAGAGCGGGACCUACGGCUGCAGGGUCGAGGACUACGACGCUGCUGAGGACGCGGUGCUCUCCAAAACCGCGGAGCUGCGCGUGGCCUACCUGGACCCCCUCGAGCUCAGCACCGGGGAGGAGCUUUCCUUAUACUUAGGCAACAGCACAACCGUGAAUUGCUCCGUGCAAGGUCUGCCCACCCCUGCCCUGCGCUGGACCAAGGACUUCGUCCCCCUGGGGAACGGCCCCACCCUCUCGCUGAGCUCCAUCACCUUCGAUUCGGCGGGCACCUACGUCUGCGAGGCCUCCAUGCCCACGGUCCCCCUCCUCAGCCGCACCCAGAGCUUCAAGCUGCUGGUCCAAGGGCCACCUCAAUUAAGCCCAGAAGAGCCUCAGCCCCAGACAGGGGACAGCUGGAGAGAAGGAGAAGAAGUCAGGCUGGUCUGCUCUGCCCGCGGGUAUCCAGAGCCCAAACUCAGCUGGAGCCAACUGGGAGGCAGUCCAGCAGAGCCGGCCCUCAGAGGGCAGGGCUGGGUGAGCAGCUCCCUGACCCUGAAGGUGACCAGUGCCCUGAGCAGAGAAGGUAUCUCCUGCGAGGCCUCCAACACCCACGGGAAGAAGCAGCACGUCUUCCACUUCGGCUCUGUGGCCCCCCAGACUGCCCAGGCCGGCGUGGCUGUCAUGGCUGUGGCCGUCAGCGUGGGCCUCCUGCUCCUCGUCGUCGCUGCCUUCUACUGCAUGAGACGCAAGGGUCGCUCCAGCUGCUGCCGGCAGGGGGAAAAGGGGGCUCCGCCACCUGGGGAGCCACAGCUGAGCCACUCAGGGUCAGAGCGGCCUGAGCAGACGGGCCUUCUCAUGGGAGGUGCCUCUGGAGGAACCAGGCAUGGCAGUGGGGGCUUCGGAGAUGAGUGCUGAGCCCGAGGACCUCCAAGAGACUCUACUGGACCUGACAUCAGAGAAUCAGCAUCAGAUAACCAGCCCUGCGCACAUGCCUCCACCGCCUCCGCCUGCCCCCACCUUCCCUCUUCCCCCUCCGGCCCCCCCUUCCCUUCCUUCCUCUGCAGGCUGGGCAGGGACCUACAGCAGCUACUGCUUGAAGGGAGGGAGGGAGGGUGGGAAGGAGGGGACCUUCCUCCAGGGAAUGUGACUCUCCCAGGCCCCAGAAUAGCUCCUGGACCCAAGCCCAGGCCCUGGCCCGGGACAAGACGAGGCUCCGAGGCUCUGAGGGGUCAGUUGGCCGGGGCGAUUUUUACCUCCUGCCUGCAUUGCUGGUCCCCCGCCCCACCUGAUGUCCUACUGCAUAGUCUGACACUGGAUCCCCACCCCUGCCCCUCCACCCCCACCCUGUGAUCUGUGGACACUGGAGUCUGGAAUAAAUGCUGUCUGUCACAUCACA